AUGGCACGGUGUAGUAGAGGCCAUUACGACUUUCCAAAAGACCUGCCCCGCUGUAAAACUACUUUCGGAACAGAGUUCACAUACCUCGUGCCUGCCAAAAAGGAUGCAAUUAAAGCAGUGCGCGGGGAGAGUAGAAUCUGUUGUAAUUGCGGCGAUUAUGCGAUUGGGAUCGGCCUUCGCGUGCUCCCGCGCACAUUGCGCAAGCGCAGCAUUGACUUAUUACGCUAA